AUGAUUUAAUAUUAUGAUAUAAAUGAGGAGCCACAAGGGUAAGCAUAAUAAUAAGGACCAAGAGAAGCAUAAUUGCCUUAACUAUAAAAUGAAAUAUAAGACAUAGAAAAUAAUGAUGAUAAAUGUUGUUGUGGAUUGCUAAACAGAAGUGAUCACAUCUUAAUCAUAUUGUUGAAACUUAUUCUUGCGCUUCCACUUUUACCCUUAGUUCUUAUUUGGAAAAUACUCUAAUGGCUAACAAUUUUAUUAUAUGAUUUUUGUACCAAUCAACUUUAUAAUUGUUUGCUUUAUGUUAGCGAAAAAUUUUCUUAGUUUUUACAGUUUUUAUUCCAUCUACUUUCAAUACUUUUCAAAUUUAUAUACUUCUGCUUAGCUUUCAUUGGCAAACAAUUACUUAAAGUCAUCUAUUUUAUUGGUAGAUGCUCCAAAUGUGCCCUGGACUGGUAUGCAACAUUUAUUAUCUAUACAAUUUUCAAAUUUGCUCAUUUUUAAUCAAUCAUAUAAGAAUUCACUGCUUUUAUUACAGUACCUAUAUCUUUAAAAAUUAUUAUUCCUUUAGCUAUGUGCUUUUACCUUAAAAUCUUCACUCCCAUUAAAACUGCUGUAAUAUAUAUAGCAAAAAAAUUGUUUUACGCAAUCAAAAAAACUAUUGAAUUCCUAUAUAACUCAACAGUAAAUUAUAUCCUCAAACCCUUUUAUUAUUAUAUAAUAUUGAACAUUUUGCGAAUAAUUCGAUUUAUCUUAGUGGAUAUCGUUUGCAACAUCAUUAUUGCAAAUUUAUUUAAAGGAUUAAGAUGGUCAAUAAUUAACUUUUAUACCUAUAUUUUAGUUAAUAUAUUCAAGUAUCUGAUAGUUAAAUUUUUGUAUGAAAUUAUAUUAACUUAUUCAUGCAAAGCUCUAAAGUUAUUUUUAUACGACUUUUUAUGUCUGCUUAUUAUUGUUCCACUCUGUAAAGCAACCGAAUGGAUAUUGGUAGAUUUCCUUUAUGAAAUUAUCUUAGUUAAACUAUAUCAAUUUUUAAGAUUCAUUAUUGUUGAUGUGAUAAUCAAAGUAAUUGUUAAGAUUGCUUAAUUCAUUUAUUUUUAAAUUUGUGUAAAUUUAUUUCGAUGUUUAGCUUGGAUCAUAAUACGUUUAAUUUAUGAGUUAAUACUAAGAAAUAUUUAUUUGUAUGUUUUGUAGCCAUUAUACAACUUCCUUGUAUCUAUACUAAGAAUAAUAACUACUAGUUUGUAUAGAUUUAUAUUAUUGCCAUUAUGGAAUUUGAUUAAAUAUCUUUUUAAUGUAAUUCAUAUAUUGUAAUAAUUAGGGUUUAGUAAGUAUAAUUAGUGCUAUUGGAUCUUUUAUUUAUUAUUCACUUUUGAAUCCAAUGUGGAAUUUAAUUACCAUUAUAACAAGAGGAAUAAUAGAUUUGAUAAAGAAGUUUUUUACAGCAGUAGGAUAAUUAUCAAUAGAUUUGUGGACAGGAAUAAGAAACUUGGCUAGUAGACUCAGAAAUAUGAUAUGA